AUGGUAGAAUGGCUGGUGUCUAAAGGUGAAGAAAUCGACCCCUCACAACUUACCAAAAAUGAUCUCCUAGACAUCGUCCAACGUUUAAAACCAAGAUACAGUGCAUACAUAAUUGACGAGAUAGCCAAAGAUGCCGGAAAGACGGUUUUGAGACUGCCCCCUUACCAUUGUGAGCUAAAUCCCAUCGAAUUGGUAUGGUCAAUGGUGAAGUCAUAUGUCAAGUCAAACAACACUACAUACAAGACUAUCGACGUCAAACAUCUGCUUCACCAAGCCAUUGACAGGGUAAAACCAGAAGAUUGGCAGUCUUUCAUAAGACACGUGAAGGACGAGGAACAGAAAUUUUGGGAUGUUGACUUCAUUUGCGACGAGAUGAUAGAUGAACUCCAGCCCGAUCCGCGUCAUAUUUUAACAAUUGGUGAAUCGACAGACUCGUCUGAUGACGAAUGUACCUAA